AUGGAUCCACUACUAUCCAUUAAUAGGUUGCGAUCGACGUUUUUACAGCAAAGUACAGAUAUAGAUCAGACAAAGAGGUUAAUAAAGCCGUACUCGAGCGGAAGUAACAGCGUGGAUGAACAAAUAAGGGAGCUCUACACUGACGGUGAUGGUAAAAACCUUCUAACAGAACUGGAAUCACCUCCCAUUUCCAAAAACUACUUAGAUAGGUACCCGACGCUAAGAAAGGACCGGUACGAAAAGGGAUCAAUGGCAAGAUCCAGGUCCAUCUCUUCAAAUUCAAGAAAAACUAAUGAAGACGUUGGACGCACUGUGACUCAAAUUGAUAUGAAAUUGCCUGAUGAUUCCUUGAACACACUAAGAUUGGAUUCAAAUACAGCGCAUCCACCUCACAGGACUGUACUAAAUAGAACUACGUCAUCCACCUUGAAGAGCAAUAGCUCUGCAGGGUCUGGUGAAUUUGAGGUACAGAAAUCAAAAACCAAAAGAAGAUCGUCGUUACCGUUUUCUAAAAUAUUUCGAAACCAUUCUGAUAGUGGAAGAACCACAGAACAUGAUCGAAAUCGGCCAAAACCCCCCUCGCAGCAUAAAACGAAAUUCAGUUUUUACGACACAGCUUUCAAUUUUGAUGAAAAUAUCGAGGAAGAUGACGAUGACGACGAUGACGACGACGAUGAUGACGCAAAAGAUAAUGAGAACUUUUUUAAACAAGAUAUAUCACAACACUCCGGAAGUGUAUCUACAAAAAAUUCUAAGUCAAUAAAGAAGAGCAACUUCCCGCUCAAUCCCCAGAAUAUUUUGCUGAUUAACGACAGCAAAUUAAACACCAGCGAGCAGCAUGGCGAUGGUGCCAGCUUAGUGUCAAAAAAUGAAAGCUACUCUUAUUCGACUGGUGAAAAACAGCGUGGAGAAUCUGACAUCGAAUCAUAUAUAAAUGAAGAGGAUUUGAAAGACCUCGAUUUGGACGCUGAACAAAUUACUGACUCUGACCUCGAUGAACAACUCGAUAAAGAUGUUCAUCCUACUUCCAGUGCCAUAAUAGAGGAUUCCACGAGUUUAGGUUCUAGCGAUGAAGGAUAUGAUGAAGCAAACGGUGAUGAUAUUUCUUCCUACGGAAAAUCUCUUCUAGAUUCUGAUUUUAGCGACCAUGAUUUUGAUGGGAAUAACAAGCCACAUGAUGGUAGCAGUUCACUAAUUGAUGACUCGAUGAUAAAUGAUGAACUGUUUCAUGAUGGGUCUAUCGCUGCGCACUCGAUACCGAGCACGCGUGCUUUUCAUAUGUUAAAAGCAGGUGAUUCGAUUUCGAAAAGUAGCUUCGAUAAACCCGAUUAUAAGAUCCAAACUUCUAAAGUGAUGUCCAGCACCGCAUCUUCAGUCAAAGAGUCAAUCACAAGUUCUUCGAUGAGCAAGAAGGCAAGCAGCAGAUCUCAUAGUAUUACAACCUCUACUUUUGUUAAGCCUCGAAAUUCUUUUUCCAGUAUGAAUAAUGAACAACUGAAAUUGCCGUUGGCAAAAUCCACUCAAAGACAUAAAAGAAGUACGAGUGAUUCUAAAUCUAUUAUCAAGCCUAGAAGGCUUACUCCUGAACCUCUUAUUAUUAAAAAGAUCGACGUACCCAAGCAUCCAAGUUCAAGCACUUCUCAGCUAUCAGGUCUCUUCUGCAAGAACAAGAACGAAACAUCUAAUCCACUAGAGUAUUUUUCUUUUGUAUCCGCCAAAAGUGUGGUUAAGUUUGAAUCUAUGGCAUUGAGUAUCUAUAUUCAAGCAUCAAAAACUUAUCAAAGAAAUCCCUUCGCCCUAAAGGUGCGGAAAAGUGCCACCGUUUUCGAAGUAAUCGGCUACAUCUUAUAUUGUUAUUCAACAGAUAAGAAACCUGCCUCUUUCGAUGAAGACGGCCUUACAUUGAAAGACAUCUCGAAUCCGAAUAAGUUCGUUUUGAAGAUAGUAGAUGAAGAUGGAGAACCAUUUGAAGACAAUUUUGGUACCCUUGAAAGAAAAAAGGAGAUAGGCACCAUAUUUGAUAACGAAGUUGUCUUAUGCAAGGUGAGUGAUGACAACCAAUUUAAGCUUAACGAGAAGAUGACGCCAUUACCUUAUGAGGCUCAUGGAUAUUCUCCCCAAAAUGAUGACGGUGUAAAAUUCGACCAUACCACCGUAGGUAGCUCGACUGACGCUGGCAUCAACCAGUUAAGCUACUAUAAACCCAUCAUACCCUCGAAUUCGACUGUUAAUCAAAAGCAUGAGAAGCUUGUGGAGAUAAAGGUCUUUCUGUAUCCCAACGUUAAUCCACAAUUUAACUUCACACCUAUCAAAGCAUCUGUCAAUGCUAAGAUCAAUGACAUAUUGGUUCAAUAUUGUAAAAUGAAAGGGAUGGAUCCCAAUGAUUACGCGCUUAAACUAUGCGGUCAACUAUUUUAUCUUGAUUUGAAUGAGACAGUCGGUGAAUUGGAUGGCAAUUAUUCGCUGGAAUUAAUCACGAAAAAGGAUGUAAGAGCUUUGAAUUUGAAAAAACUCAAAAAGCAUGUAAGCAAACCAUCUCUACCAACAAUUCAAAGCGCCGGAGUUACUCCUAUAACACUGGAUGUGAAGGGCAAAUAUUUGAAGGAUGGCAAUGGACAACUACCAGAUGGUGAUGAAGCACUUGGUGAACAAAAGAGUCAAAUACCGCAUAAUCAGAAAAAGCACUCUAAAUAUAAGCUCGGUCUUUCAAAACAAAUUUCCUCAGGCAACGCGAGCGUAGGGGGUGGUAGCUUUUUCAAACUUAAAAACUCUUCCAAGUCUUCAUUGCAGAAUAGUACCUUUGGAGGUCACUUUCCAUCAUCAGAACAGUCUAACCUGAAUUUGGAUGGCAAUUACAAGGACUUAUUUGCGGGCGCAUAUUAUAAGUAUAAAGUUUGGAGAAGGCAGCAAAUGUCGUUCAUCAACAAACACGAACGAACGUUGGCCAUUGAUGGUGAUUAUAUUUAUAUCAUUCCUCCGGAAAAUGGCUAUCAUUGGCACAACGAGAGUAUAAAGACAAAGUGUUUCCAUAUAAGCCAAGUCUCUAUAGCUAAAAGAUCCAAAAGGGUACCAGAGUAUUUUAAAAUCUUCGUGAAUAGACCUGGUGGAAUUAAAAGGUAUUACUUUGAAGCUGUAUCGCCUCAGGAAUGUGUCGAAAUUGUGACGCGGAUACAAAACCUACUUGGUGCUUACAAGAUGAACCAUAAAUAG